CGGCUUUACGGCAGAGAGGGAAUCGCUUCCUGUGGGUCCGCUCCGGAGCUGUCGGCUGCCUUCGUUCUCUGUAGCUCGGCGACGUGACGCCUGCGGCUUUGCGAUGGGAGGAAGCCGAUUGUGACAGUCCCCUCCCUCCCCCGCUCUCCAUCUCUCUCCCCGCCCGGGCCGAGCGGCCCUCCGCGGCCUAUCGGGAUGGAGGAGGAGAGCAUGGAGGAGGAGGGGGGCGGCGGCAGCAUCAGCAGCAGCAGCAGCUACGAGGCCUUAAUGGACGACCAAAACCACAACAACUGGGAGGCGGCGGCGGCGGGGGGAGGAGAAAGGGGUAGCUACGGCCACCCCCCGCUGCCGCCUCCCCUGCUUUCCCCGGCGGAGCCCCGCGAGGAGUGCGCUCAUGGGGGCCCCCUGCGCCCACAAGAGGACUUCGAGAUCCAGAUGCUGUCCGAGGCUGCCAAUGGGCGAGGGAAGGGCUGCGAGCCGGCGCCGGGCAGAGGGGGGGCCGCCGCCGGCAUCAACCUCAACAUUAACCCCUCGGUCUCCAAGUUCUUAAUGAAUGUUAUAACAAUAGAAGAUUACAAGAGCACAUAUUGGCCAAAGUUGGAUAGUGCCAUAGAUCAACUUUUAACUCAGAGUCCUGGUGACUACAUCCCUAUCUCCUAUGAACAAAUAUACAGUUGUGUGUAUAAAUGUGUGUGCCAGCAGCAUUCGGAACAGAUGUAUAGUGACCUAAUAAAAAAGAUAACUAACCACUUAGAGAGAGUCUCAAAGGAGCUGCAGGUCAGCUCUCCAGAUCUCUAUGUCGAAAGGUUUAAUAUAGCACUUGGGCAGUAUAUGGGAGCAUUACAGAGCAUUGUGCCUCUUUUCAUAUAUAUGAAUAAGUUUUACAUAGAAACCAAGCUGAAUCGUGACUUAAGAAAUGACCUUAUAAAACUGUUUACGGAACAUGUUGCAGAAAAGCACAUUUACAGCCUGAUGCCUUUACUUCUAGAAGCUCAGUCCACACCUUUUUGGAUAAGCCCUUCCACUAUGGCAAACAUUGUGAAAGGAUUGUAUAUGCUUAGGCCAGAAUGGGUUCAAAUGGCUCCAGCUUUAUUUUCUAAAUUUAUUCCAAACAUCCUCCCUCCUGCAGUAGAAUCUGAACUUGAGGAAUAUGCUGCUCAAGACCAGAAACUUCAACAAGAACUUAUUCAGGAAGGAUUUUCCAGGGGUGAUCAGUCGCGUAAGAGACCUGGAGAAGAAUUAACCUACAAUGGGUCAGCAUCCUGUGCAAGUUCAAGAGGAUGCAGAUAGUGACUGUACUUAGAAGUCUUCUGUUCCCAAUUGGACACUGGAGCAGCACAGGAGGAGGAGGAGGCAUCCAGCGGCUCAGUUGGGUUCUACUGAUGCUCAGGUUCUUUGAUGCAAAACUACACCUAAAUGUGGAGUGUGGACUUAUAUCUUGCCAUGUAAUAAAAUGUCUGUUGCUGCUAAUUUGGGGCUAACUUGGAAAAAUGUGACUGGCCUUGAUAAGUUCUUUUCUUUUCUUUUCUUUUCUUUUCUUUUCUUUUCUUUUCUUUUCUUUUCUUUUCUUUUCUUUUCUUUUCUUUUCUUUUCUUUUCUUUUCUUUUCUUUUCUUUUGGAAUCCCACAUGAACAUUACCUUCACUGCUUAAUAGAACUUGGUAGUCAAAAAGAGCAGCUUCCUUCAAAUGAAACUUUUGCACUUUUUUUGUGGGCAUUGCUGUUAAAACUAGUGCCCAUUAGGUUUUGUCUGGAGCUUUGUCUUUCAAAAAACAGAGACAGAUUGCACACACUGGUAGUAUUUCUUUUUUGCCACAAGGUUUGCCUCUAACAGUUGGUUUUAUGCUACUGAUGCUCUACAUUCCAGAUCUUUUUGUUCAUUCAUUCAUUUAGCCCCCAUCCCCAUCUUUAUACCCGUUUUCAAAUUCUCUUCUCUCUCUACUCAUUUCCUUGUCUUUAGCUUGUGAACUUUGCAAUGUCACAACAUAUAAAAAUAUUUCUCUUUAAGCUGUGAUUUGAUUAAACUUCCUGCACAAACUUUUCUGCAGUCCUUGGGGUUUUCCUUAAGAAAAGAAACUGGAUACUUAAAAAAAAUCACACAAAUAUUAAUACUAGCCUCAACACUUUUUAAAAUUGACUUCCAUAAUUAUUGCAACUGAUUGAAUUCUGGACUGAAAGCAGUUCCAAUAUGUGAUUUCUAUUGAGAAUUGAAACACACGCACAUAGCAAUUGAAGUAUUUGCCAAGUGAUUACAGGUCAUGGUAGGCUAAUUCUGGACUGCCAUAGCACAACAUAGUAUAAUGAGAGAAUUCUAGCCUAAUUACUUAAAUCAUUGCCAGAAUAUUUUGGCACUGGGCUUGCCCUAGAUUUAACAGUAUUGCUCAAAGUUUGCUCAUACUUGUUACUUCUAAGCAGUGAGGUACUUGAGGACACUUUACACAUUCAGGAAAAGUUUGUGGUGCAGCUACUUUGCUCCGCUUCCAGAAUGUAGGUUCAGCUCAUGUUCGAAUGGUUUCCACAGUUCCUUUUUUGUCUCAGUUGUGUCUUUGUUUAAAACUUGAACAUAGUUUUGAUUGAUCUGCAGGAUGUGAAUUACUUGUAGCCAUUUAUGCCUCAUAAGGGAUGGAUCUAUAUCUCUGCUUUCUACUUCUGCUUCUGGAUCAGAGGCAAAGCCACAUGGUGCUGUUUCUCUUCUGUCUUCUCUGUGAAGAAGCACCAUGAGUAUAGUUAAACCUAGCGGAUGCUAUGGAUUUUUUUAGUCUAAUUUUAUUUAGAAAAGGGAGACUGUUCACUGCAAUAAUUGGUAGGUGCAGAUGAGCUUGCCACUAAGGUGAGAGAGCCACCCUGUGGUGAGAAGUUAGCGCUCAGAGGAGGCUCGGUUUGAAUGACUCUUUAAUGUAAGUAUUGUGCUCAUUUAGAGCUGUGGAAAGUUUCCAUUUCUAGGAGGGAGAUAUGGCAGCAUUUAUCACUCAUUCUUGGAAAAAACCCCAUCUCUAACACAUGCUUUUUCCCUACUGUUGAGUAUUUGCUCUGCCUAUUUAAUCUAUAGAGAAGUAUAUGCAGUUUGAAAACUCUAUAGGUUAGGAGAUAUGUUUGCCUAUGGUAUGAAAAAAAUAUGAAUUUUUUUUUUAAAUUACUGAGAACUAUAUUUGAAAAAGUGGUUGUUUAUAAUAGUGGGAAAUAAGAACAAAACAACAACAACAAAAAAACCACUUGUAGUAUCAAAAACCAUUUUGAGGUGAUGAAAACCCAAAUUCUUAAUGUGGUAUUCAAAGACAAUAUACAGUUUCAAAGAAAAUAGGAGAAACUCAUUCUUUUAUACAAGCUGUCUUUUUUGCAGACUGCAGAACUUACCAGAGCUUUCGGUUUAACUAAUAUGAAACUAUAGGCUUCUUUGUAGGGUAAUAUUAGAGGUUUCAUUCCCUUGAAGGUCACUGUACGAGGUCAUCACAUUCUAUGUCCAUAUCUUUUGCACCUUGAGUUCCUAGUUUUAUCAUUGUGGAGAAUGAGCACAUGGUUAUGCCGCUAGGACUAUAGUUGUGCAGUUUCCAUCCUGGAAUAUAUAUUACUUUAUCCAUCAGACCUCAGUUUUCCUUGAGGGCAGCAUUCAUAUGAAGUCUUUCUGAUGCAGAAAUGAUCAAUCUGUGAUAGGUAGAGUAUUAAAAUGCAUUCCUGAUUUAGUGUAUAGGUGUACAGACAAAUUCAGGACUAUGUAGUUGGACAUGGAAAAUGGAUUGGAAAGGGAAAAUUAGCGCCUAUAGGUUUUCAUAACCUAAAAAGAUCGAAUUGAAGGCAUGUCUUUUAAAAGAAAAAAGCCAAUGACCUGAUUUGUAUCUUAAAAGCUAACUGACAAUGUUAUGAAAUCAUCUUUAAAUGAACUGAAGAUAGGUAGUUUGCUAUAUCCAGAUAGCUCCUGUUGCUACUGAGUUCUUCCUAGAUACUACCUGUGCAGGCAUUAGCUAUGUGGAACAAGAAAGCAGGACUGUACUUGCUGUACCAUGUUAGGAAGUGCUAGGGAACUGAUGAGGCCUGAAAUCAGGGGAGUGUCACUAUGGCCUUGCAGCACUUGGCAGGUGGCUCCAAAAAAAAGAAUUUCCCAUUUGUCCUCCCUAGCUAACUCAAGCCCAGAAUUGCUAAACGUUGUCUAGUCAGACAGGAGUCACACAAGGUGUUCUUAGCUGAAUCUACCUCCCUUCCCUAGUCACUUUCAGAACAUACUUAUGGUAAAAUAGGAGUUCUGAAACAUAUUUUGGGGACUAUAGAAUGAGAAGUUCAUUGCAGAAUAAUCAUUUGAUGAUAACACACAUGCUUCCAUGAUGCUCUAGUUUACUGGCACACAUCUCAUUGGUUUUGGGAGACUAAAGGCAAAUUAAUCCAAGGGUAGUCAACUAACAUGAAAGUGAGCCAUUGACUGUAUCUCAAAGGUUACAUGUGAGAUUUGUUUAUGCAAGACUAUGCCUGACUAGGUCUUCUGACCAGAGAGACCAUAUAGUUCCUGUUCUUCUAAUUGAGUGCCAUCGUAAAUUUAUCACCAAAAGGUUAGCACAAAAAAGAUUAGAUUGAAGUAUUCUUGGUGGCAGCCAUGUAGCCUUUGAGUUUCUUGUCAUAGUCUGAACCCGAAUGCCUUUGAAUAAAAGGUAUUAUUUAGUCUGGCUUCUGGUUAAGCUGCUAAAGAUAGGGGAAUUUAGCAUUUGUUUUGUUUUUCAUAUGAUUCUAACUGAAUAUUUUAUUGGUUAAAUUUUAGCUAAUGACACCAAGCCAAUUUAAAAUAAACCCUGUUGAUUCCCAGUACUGUGCAAGUUUUAUUAUGCACAUGUUGCUGUCAUGUUUUUUGUUGCGUGUGUUUUUUUUUUAAAAAAAAACUUUACUGUUGUGGUUUAUAAUUAAGCUGUAAAACAUGAUUUUCUGUUUCAGGUUAUGGUUUUGUCACUAGAUUUUGAGCCCUAGAACAUAAACUUGGAAAACUGAAACAAAGGCAAAACUUUCCUCCAGUAUGGUCAAUAUUCUUUCAUAAUCUUUAAAUGUGUUUAGUCCUAUGUAGCAUCUUACUCGAAUAGGAAGCCUGAGAACUUUUUUUGUAAAAGCAAGAUACUGUAUUAUGUUGUAAAUUGGUAUUAGGAUUUCUAUGUUUUGGCAUCUAAUGCUGAAAUAAUUUGUUCUCCUAUUUUCAAAGGGUUUUAUCUUUGUGAGCCAAGCAUGAAAGAACAUGAUAAGACAUAUGAAAUUGUUGAUACUUUGUAAACAUUUACUUUAAAACUUGAUGGAUCAGUGUGUUGGGUCUCUAAAGCCAUGACUUGACCAAAGCAGCAUGGUCUUAGCUAUGUUGCUUCUGUGAAUCGGAUGACUUACCUUUUUUCCCCCUUUGUUCCUUCUGUCUAUGAGAUCUAAAUGGCAAAGUUUUAUGCAUUGGGUAUCCUCUUAUAUUUUGUUUCCUGGGAAACUUGCUCUAAUAAAG